AUGGGUCUAUGUGCAAGUAAAUCAGAUUCACCAUCACCUAAGGUGGCAGCGGCAUCCCCUAAAACUGUCAAGCGUACUGCAAACACUGUCAAUAAAUCAAAGUCUAAGCCAGUAUCACAAGUUAAGAAAGCACCAAAAGUGACGUCCAAGGGCAAUAAAUUAAGUGACGGUACAACCGAUGAAAAAGAUCAAAUAUUAUCCCCGAAGGAGGCAGCUAGAUUGGCAGCUGAAAAGCGUCAGCAAGAGGCAAAUGAAAAGUUAACAAAAGGAGAACUUGGAAAGAAGUUAGCAAGUGAAAAGGGCAAGUCAUAUAGAGCCCAAGUGCUGGAGGAUGCAGAACAAAAGAAGCUCGAGAAGCAAACAGCUGAUCUGACUUACGAUUGA